AUGCCCCUAACCCGUGAUGAGGAUUUUAUUGAUCUUUUUACCCAAACACGUAAUGAUUCAGUGGCUAGUAUGGAAGAGGUUUAUGGAGAAGUUAAGGAAACACAUGUUGAUGCAAGAGAUGUUCAGAAAAGAGAUGUUCAGGAAAAAGAGAUUAAAGAAAGAUAUGUUCUAGAAGAAGAAGUUGAAGUUAGAGAGGUUGAAGAAGAAGAAGUUAAAGGCAAAUAUGUUGAGGAAGAAGAAGUUGAAGGCAGAUAUGUUAAGGAAGAAGAAGUUGAAGGCAUAGAGGUUAGGGAAGAAGAAGUUGAAGAGAGAGAGGUUAGAGCAAGAAUGAUACCCUUGGGUCCUGGUUCUUAUAAUUUCCAUCGGGAGAAAAAGAGGACUCCCUCUGAAAGAAUUAGGAAACUGAAGCUCAGGAAAAUGGUUGAAGAUGCUGAUGGUGGUAGUUCUUCCAAAUCCCCUUGGGUUUUAGAUUAA